CGCACUACGUCAGUCAUCGCAACGAUGGCGUACAACAAGGCUUACAACCCGGAUGCGCUUCCGGCACACGCCGAGCCCGAACAGGUCGCGCAGAUGAUCGGUGCGAUGCAGGCGAAGCCUGGGAACCAGACUCAACAUAGACCGCAAGGGUCAUCGCCCGGCGGCCCGCAUCCUGUCUCUGCAAACCUCCAUCAACGUCAUCCUGGGCCGCCGCGAGCAGCCUUAGACCGACCUCUUCCCAACGUACCACAUAACCAACAACGCCCAAGCGCGCUCCUUCAUCCAUCCCCUCCGCCUCAAAACUACGGCCAUGGACCACCACCGUCACAACCAGUGCGCAACCGUCCUCCGCCCUCGUCACGUCCGCCCCCGAGCCCGCAGCCGCUAGGCCUUCCCAACGACGAUCAGCUCUUUCCCCUAUUCCGCGCCGCGAACGCAUCGAAUUCCGGGGCACUUACUGAGCAGGAGCUAGGAUCUGCUCUCGUGAACGGCGACUAUACCUCAUUCCACCCGAAGACAGUGAAGAUGAUGAUCAACAUGUUCGACCGGAACAGAAGCGGCUCGAUCUCAUUCGAUGAGUUUGUGGCAUUAUGGCGAUAUUUGGCGGCAUGGAGGGACUUGUUCGACAGAUUCGACGAAGACCGUAGUGGACGCAUCAGUCUGCGGGAGUUUGAGAAGGCGCUGGUUACGUUCGGGUAUAGUCUCAGCCAGCCGUUCGUGACGGUCCUUUUCACCACAUUUGAGAACAAGGGGCGGCAAGUUGGCAAGCCUCGAGCCUCUGGCAUGAGUUUCGAUCUUUUUGUUCAGGCGUGCAUUAGUCUUCGGCGUAUGACGGAAUCGUUUAAGCGGUACGACGAUGAUCGUGAUGGGUAUAUCACGGUCAGCUUUGAGGAGUUUCUAACGGAAAUACUUCAGUUACAAGAUUAA